GCUCUUAAAGUCAAAAGGUCGUAAAGAUUACUCGUCCUAUCAUCUUUUCAUGAUCCCCCGGUGCGUGAUAGAUUCCAAUGGCACGCUCCUCUAUGAGCUGGUUUAUGCUCUACUUUUCUUGUUCCCCUAUCAAAGGAAUCCAAGACUGAAGAAAAAAAUUAAACAAAGUCCUCAUUACCGUGUAGACAAAAGAAGCUUUUACCCACUUAUCCCAUUCCCUUCUAAAAAAAAACUUUACUCUUCUUUAAAUUCCCCUCAAAAUCUUCCUUCCAAGUCUCGUCAAGCUUGAUCUAAUCUAAUCACAAAAAAUAAAAUAAAAUAAAUAAAAAAAAAUGGUUAAGGCAGCUGGUAUUCUUCUUUGUCUUGUGAUCCUGGCGAUCGACGUUGUGGCCGGGAUUCUCAGCAUCCAAGCAGAAGCUGAACAAAACAAGGUGAAACACUUACGGCUAUGGAUAUUCGAGUGUAGAGACCCAAGCGAAGCAGCAUUCAAGCUAGGGUUAGCUGCGGCAGCACUUUUGGUAGUGGCCCAUGUAAUUUCUAACUUGCUUGGUGGUUGUCAAAAUUGCAUUUGUACCCCAGAUGAGGUUCAAAAGGCUUCUCCAAAUCGGCAACUCUCAGUGGCAUGCCUCAUUUUAACAUGGAUCAUAUUCGCCGUUGGAUUGUCCAUGCUGGUGAUAGGGACUUUGUCCAACCACAAGUCAAGAGCUUCCUGUGGUUUUACGCACCACCAUUUUCUGUCCAUUGGAGGGAUCGUGUGUUUUGUGCAUGGCCUUUUUGCAGUAGCUUAUUAUAUAUUUGCCACUGCCUCCGACUAAGGAAUCAAAAUGAUCUAUAUAUGUGCUUCAAGCAUUUUUUUUUUCAAUUAAAUAUUUGCUAAUCAUCUCUCUCUUUCAUUGCUUGUCUUGAUCAACAACGUACUAAUUAAUCCCA